CUACUCUUCAGCGACAAUCCAACUAACCCGACAGCCACCGCCCCUUCCCACGACAACCUCUUCUCCCAGCUCACACAACAAGUCGCCAAAAUGGGUCGCGUCCGAACUAAGACCGUCAAGAAGUCCGCCAAGGUCAUCAUUGAGCGUUACUACCCCAAGUUGUCGCUCGACUUCGAGACCAACAAGAGGAUCUGUGAUGAGAUUGCCAUCAUUGCCUCCAAGAGGCUCCGAAACAAGAUUGCCGGAUACACCACUCAUUUGAUGAAGCGUAUUCAGCGUGGUCCCGUCCGUGGUAUCUCCUUCAAGCUCCAAGAAGAGGAGCGUGAGCGAAAGGACCAGUACGUCCCCGAGAUCUCCGCUCUCGACUUCACCCAGAACAGCGAGUCUGGCUCGCUCGACGUCGACCAGGAGACCAAGGAUCUGCUCAAGAGCAUGGGCUUCGACAGCAUCCCCACCAACGUCAUCGCCGUCUCCCAACAACAGAUUGUCGAGCGCGGUCCCCGCCGCUUCAACGACCGCCCCGCCCGCUCGUAAAUACGAAUGCGCACGCGCGACACGAUGGUCUCCCUUCUUCCUCCUUUCUCGGCUUACUGAAAAUAUGGUGUCUGGGAAAGGGUCUCUUCUGCCACGACUAUGGCAUGGUUUUACGGCUAUAUACGGCGGCAUGAUGAUCAGGAGUCAAUGAAACAAAAGGUUCUCCCCCACUAGGUGUCGCUGAGUCCGAGUGUUGAAAGACACGAGGAUGAUGCUUGAUUGCCAUUUCCCCUGCCCAUGCUCCCUGUGAUGCGAUGGUGUUGUGAUGACAAACGAAGAGUAUAGAGCUCAGGAUCAGGUAAGUGAAUUCCAUUGCCAGUCUCAACAGCAUUGUCAAAAAGGAACGAUCCUUCAUGCGUCUCGUGAUGUCAAUAGCUUCUUGUUCAGAUGGAACAAAUUCA